UGCUGCCAUUUUCCUGAUGGGUUGGGGUGAUUUGGGAGCUUUCGGAGAGCCUUCUAAGGAAACUCCUAACUUAGACCAGAUGGCUUCAGAAGGGAUGCUUUUCCUGGAUUUUUAUACUGCCAACCCCCUCUGUUCUCCGUCAAGGGCAGCGCUGUUGACAGGCCGUCUCCCAGUCAGGAAUGGCUUUUACACCACGAAUGCACAUGCCAGAAAUGCAUACACGCCACAGGAUAUAGUAGGAGGAAUCCCAGAUUCUGAGUUACUGCUUCCAGAGUUGCUGAAGAAAGCUGGCUACGUCAAUAAGAUCAUUGGCAAAUGGCAUCUGGGUCACCGGCCCCAGUUCCACCCCCUGAAGCACGGGUUUGAUGAAUGGUUUGGAUCCCCAAACUGCCAUUUUGGACCUUUUGAUAACAGAGCGCUCCCCAAUAUCCCUGUGUAUAGGGACUGGGAAAUGAUUGGCAGAUAUUAUGAAGAUUUCAAAAUUGAUCUGAAGACGGGUGAAGCCAACUUGACUCAGAUCUACCUGCAGGAAGCUCUCGAUUUUAUUAGCAAGCAGCAGGCCAGCCAGCAGCCAUUCUUUUUAUACUGGGCAGUUGAUGCUACCCACGCUCCUGUUUAUGCCUCCAAACAGUUCCUGGGCACUAGUCAGAGAGGACUGUAUGGGGACGCUGUACGAGAAAUUGAUGAUAGCAUUGGAAAAAUCCUAAAACAUCUUCAGAAGCUGGGCAUCAGUGAGAACACUUUUGUGUUUUUCACCUCUGAUAAUGGGGCUGCUCUCAUUUCAGCUCCUAAACAAGGAGGAAGCAAUGGGCGUUUUCUGUGUGGCAAACAAACCACCUUUGAAGGUGGCAUGAGAGAGCCAGCUAUUGCUUGGUGGCCCGGACACAUACCUGCAGGAGGGAUCAGUCAUCAGCUGGGCAACGUGAUGGAUCUCUUCACCACCAGCCUCUCCCUGGCGGGACUGGAGCCUCCCAGUGACAGACAGAUUGAUGGCAUCGACCUUUUACCUGCCAUCUUGCAGGGCAAGCUAAUUGACAGGCCCAUCUUCUAUUAUCGUGGCAACGAGAUGAUGGCGGUGAGAGUCGGGCUUUACAAGGCUCACUACUGGACCUGGAGCAACUCCUGGGAGGAGUACAGCAAGGGCAUCGAUUUCUGUCCUGGGCAGAAUGUCUCUGGAGUGACAACACAUACACAGGAGGAGCACACUACCCUGCCACUGCUUUUCCACCUGGGGAGGGACCCUGGAGAGAAAUACCCAUUAAGUUUUGCCAGUGAUGAAUACCAAAGGGCUAUGGAGCGAAUAUCUGUCACUGUCCAGCAGCACAAAGCCACCGUGGUGCCAGGACAGCCUCAGCUUAACGUGUGCGACAAGGCCGUCAUGAACUGGUCUCCUCCAGGCUGUGAGAAGCUAGGGAAGUGCCUGAAACCACCCAAGUCUGACCCUAAGAAGUGCUUUUGGCCUCAUUGAUCUUCUCUGCAGCCCUCAAGAGCGACACAGCAAAGCUCUAACCAGCCGGACAUACAGUUUACAAAGCAUGUCUUCUCAUGUUGGCACUCCUGUUUACACAGGAAGGGUGUGAUGUAUGUAUGAUUUCAUCAUUUGCUCUUCCAAAAGGGACAGUGUUUAUAUUGCUAGUGCUCAGGGUUUAGCCCGUGCCCUUCUGUUGGUUUAGUUGUUUCCGUAAAUGGUAACUUUUCAGUGAAGACUGUUUCCACUCUAAAAAGCUCUCUGGAUAACCACAACUCUGCCAUCACCUCAGAAAGGCCGUGGAUGCACCUUUCCUCUCGCUCCUUCCACCUAGCCUGCUCUCCCAAACCUUUGCUCGUUCAGAUGCCGCAGCACCAGCCGUGGGGUCUGUUCAGGAAACGUACAGCCGCCAGCAAACCCUGCCCAAACUGCCCUUGUUUUGUUUGCCUGUAACUUGUUGUUUUAACAUUUGAUUUCCAUUGUGAACUCUUUGGACACCAAUUUGUUUUUCCUUUCUUCCUAAACUUGGGAGUACUGGGUACAGCUGCAGAGCCAGACCGCUGCCACGCAUCGCUUGGUGCAAACAAGUCCUGCCUCCUGUUCUGGCCUGAGGGGCCGGCUGCAGGCAGCACACCCUGCCUUCCUCCCUUCUGUACCUGCAAACAUUCCCUACGUGGUGGUAUAAAGAAAUUUGAAGGUAGCACUCAUGUAAGUAUUGCCUUAUUGAUGGUGUGCUGGAUCUUCUUGGGGAGCUGGUGGUCAGUUGUUCAAUUUAAGGCGUUUUCUUCAAUUCCAAAAAUCUGGGUCCAAAUAUGGUUUAAGCCAUGCUUUUAGUCUUAUGAUCUGGGCCCAGCCAACUGCAGGCUCAGAAAUGCCCAUUUGCAUCAGAUGUUAACUCUUGACCCUGUUUCCAGCAUGUGCUCUCUGAGGAAUUCUUGUGCAAACGUUCCCCAGCCUGGGUGUAACACUUCUCUAAACAGAGUUCAGGGUAAAUGCUGAUCCAUUGCAAAUUUCUCAUCUGCUUUUGGGCCUGUUUGACACCCUUUGCUAUUGCUAAUAAACAUGUCUCGAGCAAAGCCCAGCAAGGUUACUCUGGAGCUUUGGGGGAGUAGCUAGAAACAAGCCUGGACAGGCAGUUUGCACCACUGACAGCUCCGUGUCCACCCCUCCGGGGGCUUUGGCAGUGCACGUGCCCUCUCUGCGGGGCGUUGUGCUGCCUUGGGAAAAAAUCGAGGUGCUCUGUACCCAUAAACAGCCCCGCAACCUUCCCCAGCAAAGCUCGGGGCUGCCUUGAGAUGGGUUGAGAACUCUGGUGCUGUGCUGCUGCCUGCUACGGGCUUCUCAGCUGCUUGUUCUUACCCUCCCGGUGAUCCCAAAUGCUCUCAUUCUCCCCGUUCCCAUGGUUUACGCCACCUGUAAUCCUCUCUGCAGUAAUUCCUGCUGUAUAUCUCAUGAAGCCGGAUAAUCCUAUAAGAUUGUAGUAAGAACAGCACUUGAGUCAGCUCUUGGAGUUCCACUUACCAGAAAUCACAGCCAACACUUCAUCGGCUGGCAGAGCCUCUGCAUCUCUGUUUGCACAUCUGCAAAUGGCAUUUGUUUAUAGUCCAAAUUUCUUAGCUGCCUUAUGAUGGUGCUAAUUGUCCUUCAAGUCUAUCAAGGCCUUUCCAGUUCAUCCAUAACAUUUCUCCUUGUUUUGACAUAGCGUGGGUAGCUCGAGUGUGGCGUGAUCAGCCUGUCCUGCAGCGAUGCUGGGUGAGAGGACCUGCACCGGUCGUGUGUGUCUGCCAGCACAGAACACCAGACAAAACCAGUAAUUUCCCAUUUUUCUGGGUGCUGUCCACCUCUGCUUCAGUGCUGCUGUCACCCAGAAGCACUGGGAGCCCUGUGGUUCACUAUUAUCAGCAGAUAAAGAUACCACCAGAGGAGGGAGUCUGUCCCUGCAGACUCCCUGCGAAUCCCUAUCAGCCCUCAAAUGGUUACGAACCUGUCUGCUGCGAAUUGUGACAGCGCUUUUGUCUUUCUGCGGGCUGCUUAUUAAGAGAUCACAUCGCAGGGUCACAUCUCAUCCUCCGAGCGCCAGCCCAGACACGUUUCUCAGUUCUUCACAUUUUCAGUAUGUGCAUCAGGAGCGUGCGCUGCCUGCCGGCUGCCCCGUGUCCCCUGCCUGCCUGCCUGCCACUUCAGUCUUCCCUCUUUCACAGCUUGCAGUUUUGCACAUACUGCUUUUCCCCCGUCUGUGUAACUUGCUUGGACAAGCCACCCCAUUCUCAGCACGCACGGUGUUUGUCUGGUUACCCUGCACACAGAGUCCUCAUUCCUCAUUGAAAUAAUCCCCCGGUGCAUAGAUACUGGAUGUAAACUUUGCACUAAAAAGCUGGCUGCUGUGAGUGAAUCGACUUGACGUCUGUUUAGUAUCUGCUUCAUGGCUAUUUAUUAUAAAGGAUCAAAGCUUAAAUGUGAAGAAGCCACUGCUUUAAAUUUAAAUAAUAGUAGCUUUACAGCUGGAUAGCUGCGAAAAAUUUUAAAUCGAUGCCUUUCCCAAAGAUGUACAGAUUUUAAAGUUGUGAGAUUAAGAACUAACGAAGAAAAAUAAACUAAUUUAUCAGAAAUGCACCUAUUUGUCCGCGGGUACCUGUAGAACAACUGAAUAACACCUUCUUUUGGGACAGUCUCGCAGAUCCGCCUUCCAGAUCAUGGGACUGACUUGGGUUAAAAAUAACUUGUUUUGUUUUCCCUGUAUUAUUUUUAACGUGGAUCAAUUUCCCAGCCCACACAGCUGCCCAAGCGCAAUUCAGAGGCUGGGGCAGGGGGGGCCCAGGGCCCUACAUGGCCUGUGGCCGUGGCCACCAGCAGCACCGCGGGGGUGAGCGCUGCCAGCUCAAACACACCCCGUGGGUCACAAAACGACCGGCAGAUAUUACCCCGUCUGCCCUUAAUAACUACCCAGAGCCUCUGAUCUGAGGUCACUCUCUGUGAUAGUCGCCCAGUUUGGGGAACUGCCCAUACUGGGGCAGGUGGUGGCUUUGCAGGAGCUGCCUGGGGGACCUGCCAGGGGUUGUGCGUGCAGCAGUCGACAGAGAAGGGGGUCUGGUGGGGUUUACUGGCCCGUCGGGGACCAGCAGCCGUGCAGCUGCUUGGUUGGUGGCUCCUUUCUCGAGCUGCAAGACAUAAAAGCUGAAGGAAAGAUGUUGUCUGUCUAAAACUGCUUCUGUGUGAUGUUCCUUUCUUUAUAUUUAAAUGCAUCUGCUAAAAGCUUUAAUAUCCACUUGGGCUAAGAGUCCAAGGAAUUUCUUUCUUGCCUCUAAUUUCC